UUGUCGCUGUGUCCGUUCAGUUUCAUUUUUUCAUCGGCAAAGUUCAGAUCGUUUUCUCGUGGUUAGUCGUGACUGCGUGUCUACCUCUGGCGCGUGAGUGAGUAAUCAGCAGAAUAUUACCCUCUUAGAAGCUGAGUGGCAGUGAAAAGAAAGGCACACGCGUUAUCCGUGAAAAGAAAGUGAUUGAAAGUUUUCUCGGAAUCAAGGUGCGAAAUCCGCGGUGAAGGUCAUUCCUUUUUCAGACGAGGGCAGAGUGCGAAAAAUAUCGGUGGAGAAGAAAAGUGGCCUUGUUGUAAAAGCAGGGUGGAAGAAGUAGCGCUUGGUGAUAAAACUGGAAUUUUCGCUUGAUCAAACAGCCAAAGCAAAAGAAUCGACACAAUGUCAGUGAUUGGAAUAGAUUUUGGCAACGAGUCGUGUUACGUCGCCGUGGCCAAAGCCGGUGGAAUCGAAACCAUCGCCAACGAUUACAGCUUGCGAGCCACUCCAUCAUGCGUUGCAUUCGCGGGACGAAACCGUGUGCUCGGUGUGGCCGCCAAGAACCAGCAGGUGACCAACAUGAACAACACAAUCGGCGGCUUCAAAAGGUUGCUCGGACGCAAGUACAAUGAUCCGCACGUGCAAAACGAACUCCGGAAGAUACCGUACAAGGUGGAACCCCGGCCGGACGGUGGCAUCGGCAUACGGGUCAACUACCAGGACGAAGAGUGCGUAUUCAGCCCGGAACAGAUCACCGCCAUGCUUUUCACCAAGCUCAAGGACGACUCUUUCAAGGAGCUCAAAACGCAGAUCAACGACUGUGUCAUCACGGUGCCGUCGUACUUCACCAAUGCCGAGCGGCAGGCCCUGCUCGAUGCCGCCGGUAUCUGCGGACUGAACGUGCUGCGGUUAAUGAAUGAAACCACCGCCACUGCACUGAGCUACGGGUUCUACAAGCAGGACCUGCCGGCACCCGAGGAAAAGGCCCGCAACGUGAUCUUUGUCGACUGCGGUCACGCGUCGCUGCAAGUGUCCGCCUGUGCCUUCCACAAGGGCAAGCUAAAAAUGUUGGCCAGCUGUGCCGAUCAGGUUGGCGGUCGGGACUUUGACUAUGCCUUGGCGGAGCACUUUAGCAACGAAUUCCAGACCAAGUACAAAAUCGAUCCCAGGACGAACAAACGGGCCUACCUCCGUUUGCUGACCGAGUCGGAGAAGCUCAAGAAACAAAUGUCCGCCAACAGUACCAAACUGCCGCUGAAUAUUGAGUGCUUCAUGAACGAAAUCGACGUUCACUCGUCGAUCCAGCGGGCCGACAUGGAAACGAUGUGUACCGGUUCACUGCAGCGCAUCGAGGCCACCAUGAAGAAGCUGCUGAAGGACUCUAACCUGGCCCUGGAGGAUAUACAUUCCGUGGAAAUUGUCGGAGGCAGCAGCCGCAUUCCGGCUAUCAAGCAGCUGAUUGAGCAAAUUUUCGGCAAGGCGGCAAGCACCACACUGAACCAGGAUGAGGCCGUGUCACGUGGUGCCGCUCUGCAGUGCGCCAUUUUGUCGCCUGCGGUGCGCGUACGUGAAUUCACGUGCAGCGACGUGCAGGCCUACCCGGUGCUGAUCUCAUGGGAAGAUGGAACUCAACGGAAUGAAAUGAAGGUGUUCGAGCAGUAUCACACGGCUCCAUUCUCACGGUUAUUGACCGUUCACCGCCGGGAACCGAUGACCAUCAACGUCCACUACGAACCGAACAGCGUUCCCUAUCCGGAUACAUUCAUCGGUUCGUUCCACAUCAAGGAUAUCAAACCGAACGCCAAUGGAGAACCGCAAGAAGUUAAGAUUAAGGUUCGCAUCAACCAGAACGGUAUCGUGCUGGUAUCAAGCGCCACCAUGGUGGAGAAAAAAGAGAGUGAAGAACCCGUCACGCCUCCUGCUACCACCAACGGUGAACAACCGGCCCAGACGAACUCACCCCAGGGAGAAGAAUCACCCAAAACUGGCGAACCUAUGGACAUUCAAGAGGGUAGCGAUGAUGAGCAAUCUAAAAAUGAUACCACUAAAUCAGACAACGAUAACAGUGGAGGUGGAGGGAGUUGGACGCAAAGGGUCAGCAGAUGGUUUACCUCUUCGGAUAAGAAAAAGAAGGUUACUUCGAAGUCCAUUGACUUGACCAUCGAUGGAAAGACGCACGGUUUCGUAAGCAACGACCUUUCCAAAUACCACGAACUGGAAAUGAAAAUGAUUGCCAACGAUCGUCAGGAAAAGGAACGUGUUGAUGCGCGCAACGCGCUCGAGGAAUUCGUCUACGAAGUUCGCGGCAAGAUUCAGGAGGAGGGCGAACUGAGUGCCUACGUCGAACCGGAAGAAGCUUCCAAGAUUUGCCUCCAGCUGGAGGACAUCGAGAACUGGCUGUACGAGGAUGGAGAGAACUGCGAACGGACCGUGUACAAGGACAAACUGCUCGCGCUCCACCAGCAGACCGAUCCCAUUCGGGUGCGAUGCGAAGAAUACAGCGGCCACGAGCAAGCAUUUAUCGAGCUGGGACACACGAUCCAGAUGACGUUCAAGGCUGUCGAACAGAUCCGCUCCAAGGAUCCCAAGUACGAUCACCUGACGGAGACCGAGAUCCUUAACAUCACCGAGGCAGCACAGAAGGCCAAGAAGUGGUACGAAGAGGCCCGAGGUAAGCUGGUGAAUGUCCGCAAAACGCAAGAUCCUCCAAUCAAGGUUGCCGACAUCCGCCACGAAAAUCAGACGCUUGCGACGUGCACGAAUUCGGUGCUGAACCGACCGAAGCCAAAGCCCCCAACCCCACCAGCGGACAACACUAAGGAACAACAGAACGGUGGCGAUCAGCCCAAGGAUCAGCAACAGGCGGAUCAAUCUAAGGAAACCCCCAAGGACUUUACCGAGGACAAAAUGGACGUUGAAUAAAGUAGUUAAUUAGUUUCCCUUCGCUGUGCGUUACGUUAUUACACAUUACACAAACCGAUAACAUACAAACACAAUUCUACACCCAACUUAUUUUUAUUUAAUAAUUAACUAAUGGGGCGGAAACCGAACACGUGAGAGGUGCGAGUGUGAUAAGAUUUGUAUAAAUGCUAUGCUUGUAUUUCUUUAUGUUUCACUCUAAACAGAAUCAAUAGCCGUAAGUUCCCAAACCUAAACCUUGCUACAAAAAAACAGGAGAAUAUCUGAUCGUAACAAUUGAAAGUCACUGACACGUAAGGUAGGAUUUCUCUUUAGUGAUAGUGAUGCUUCAAUCAUUGAUGAGAUCAAAUAAUAGAAAAUAAACGUACAUGCUUUGUUUCUCCCCGAAAACAAAACAACUUUGGUUUCAUAUCCUAGAGUUUAUCGCUCAAUCCAUUACAUUUCAUCCAGAACCAGCAAUGCACUUAUGUCAGAAAAAAUAUGUUCAAUGUUAAACAUACUGAGCAACUAAGGAAAACUGCUAUUUAAACCAAGAUUAAAUUAUACGAAAUUAUUCGUCUCAAGACUAAGGCUAGAUAACGGCAUUCAAGAUGAUGACUAGAAUUUUACUAUUCAGAUUUUCACUCUGCUCUGUUUGCGGGCAUAGAGUUCCAAAAUACAAUGCCGCAAACAUUUAUUUUUUGCACUUUGGACCGACAUUAAGAGCAUCAUCAGUAGAUGGUUCUAAAUUAAAAUUGCUAGCAGAAGAAAAUAAAAAUCAAUGCAGUCUUAUUUAUGUCUCUUCACCGGAAAACGAAUUGUGAAACGCAUAUUGUUGUAACCGAUGAAUCCUCCAGACCCAAAUUGUUAGUCCGUGGAACAAACUAACCGAAUGAAGAAUGGAACGUGGAGAAAAA